AUGUGUAUUUUCUCGCCUGAGGUGUCAACUCAUCAUAUCCCGCAUAUCGGUGUCCAACACACUUACGUAUUGUUCACAGCAUCAUCGAAAAUGCCGAGCCAUGGUGUGCCACGUUACAAACCCGUCGAGAAAUCCGCGGAGGCACGAAAGCAAGAGCAACAAAAGAUUGAUACAUAUCGCGAUCUUGAGCGCUUGGUUUCCACAAAGGUGACUGAGCAUGAAUAUACACUCGACACUCUGAACAGGAUCUCAGAGUUGUUGUCUAAGAAUCCCGAGUACUACACAGCCUGGAACUACCGCCGGCGGGUGCUGCGGUACCAGUUCUCACAGGCAGGAGAUUCGGACGGAGAUACUGGACCGAUUCUUCAAUUAAUCUCGAGUGACCUCCAGUUUCUAAUUCCUCUUCUCAAAAGCUUCCCCAAGUGCUACUGGAUCUGGAACUAUCGCCUGUGGCUGCUGGAUGAAGCCCGCCGCCUGUUGCCAUUUGAAGAGGCACAGCAAAUGUGGCAGCAAGAACUUGCCCUUGUGGGCAAGAUGUUGACCCUGGAUAGCCGCAAUUUCCACGGGUGGGGUUACCGGCGCUUCGUGGUUGAGACCUUGAAAGAGCUUGGCACCACCGAAGCAGCAAAAGGCAUGACGCAGACUGAGUUCGAAUAUGCAAAGAAGAUGAUCGGCGCCAAUCUAUCGAACUUUUCCGCAUGGCAUUACCGAACCAAGCUGAUCCAAUCGCUUUUGGAUGAGCAAUCGGCCACCGAUGACGAGCGGAGGAAAAUGUUAGAUGAUGAAUUAUCACUUAUCCACCAGGCAUUUAUUGAUCCAUAUGAUCAGUCACUCUGGUUUUACCACCAAAACCUGAUGGGUGCCUUUGAUCCAGCAAUGGCCCAUCGUACUAUGACCCCUCAUUUAAGCUCAUCCGAAAGAUUGGAAUAUAUUCGGAGUGAAAUUGAAGAGAUCCAAGAAAUGCUUGACGGGGCGGAGGAUUGCAAGUACAUCUACCAGGCAUUGAUCGAGUACACCCUUCUCGCCUCCAAGGUAGAAGGGAGUCUCUCGACAGAGGAUCGAGAGCAAAUCCUGAGCUGGCUCUCAGAGUUGAAGAAGUUAGAUCCCUUGCGACGCGAAAGGUGGAUUGACCUCGAGAAGACUCUCUGA